CCAGGGAUUGAACCCAGGUGUCCUGCAUUAUGGGCAGAUUCUUUACCAUCUGAGCCACCAGGGGAGCCCAAACAUAAAACUGAGCAGCAGUUUCCAGAAGUUAAACAUGCUGUGAGCUGGGAUGGAAGGACGGGGGGCCUGGGGCACGUUCAGGAGAGGAGUCACCAGUGACUGGCGCCUGAAGCAGGCGGGAGUCAGGCGUCAGGCCCCACAGAGGGAACCGCCAUGGCAGAGGCCCUGAGGUUCGGAAGCCAGUGUGAGCCAGAAGAGCUGAGAGCAGAGAAGUCCUCCACGAGGAGUGCUCGCCUUUCUACCUGAGUGGGGUGGGGCCGCCAGUGGGCUCCGAGCCAGGGGCCUGACUCGAGUGUUCACAGAGUCUCUCGGGCUGCAGGUGGGGUAUGGCUAUGGAAAGGGUGGGGGAGUGGGGAGACCAGGGAGGAAUGGAGGAUGGAGGAGAAGCAGCAGGUUCUGGCAAGCCGCCCCCUUCCGCAGGCCUGCCGGCCGGAGCCCCAGUCUACACCCUCUCCACACAGAGAGCCUGGCGCCAUGUUUGGGAAGAAGAAGAAGCGGGUCGAGAUCUCGGCGCCGUCUAACUUCGAGCACCGCGUGCACACGGGCUUCGACCAGCAUGAGCAGAAGUUCACAGGGCUACCCCGCCAGUGGCAGAGCCUGAUCGAGGAGUCAGCUCGCCGGCCAAAGCCCCUCAUCGACCCCGCCUGCAUCACCUCCAUCCAGCCUGGGGCCCCCAAGACCAUCGUGCGGGGCAGCAAAGGCGCCAAGGAUGGGGCCCUCACGCUGCUGCUCGACGAGUUCGAGAACAUGUCGGUGACGCGGUCCAACUCCCUGCGGAGAGACAGCCCGCCGCCACCUACCCGUGCCCGCCAGGAAAACGGGAUGCCCACGGAGCAGGCCGCCAUGGCCAGAGGGGGCCCAGAGAAGGCGGGCAGCCAAGGCCGGGGGGCCGGUCACGGCGAGGCGGGUGGCAGCAGUGGUGACAGGCGGCGGGCAGGGCCGGACAAGAGGCCCAAGUCUUCCAGGGAGGGCUCAGGAGGGCCCCAGGAGUCCUCCCGGGACAAGCGCCCCCUCUCUGGGCCUGACGUCGGCACCCCCCACCAACCCGCCAGUCUAGCCAGCGGGGCAAAAGUGGCGGCUGGCCGGCCCUUUAACACAUACCCGCGGGCUGACACGGACCACCCGUCCCGGGGCACCCAGGGGGAGCCUCACAACAUGGCCCCCAAUGGGCCAUCAGUGGGGGGCCUGGCCGUCCCCCAGUCCUCCUCCUCCCGGCCCCCUGCCCGAGCCCACGGCGCCCCCAGCCCUGGAGUGCUGGGCCCCCACGCCUCUGAGCCCCAGCUGGCCCCUCCAGCCCGCGCCCUCGCCGCCCCCGCCGUGCCCCCCGCCUCCCCCGGCCCCCGCUCACCACAGCGGGAACCCCAGCGAGUGUCCCACGAGCAGUUCCGGGCUGCCCUGCAGCUGGUGGUGGACCCCGGCGACCCCCGCUCCUACCUGGACAACUUCAUCAAGAUCGGUGAGGGCUCCACCGGCAUCGUGUGCAUCGCCACUGUGCGCAGCUCCGGCAGGCUGGUGGCCGUCAAGAAGAUGGACCUGCGCAAGCAGCAGCGGCGGGAGUUGCUCUUCAACGAGGUGGUGAUCAUGAGGGACUACCAGCAUGAGAACGUGGUGGAGAUGUACAACAGCUACCUGGUCGGCGACGAGCUCUGGGUGGUGAUGGAGUUCCUGGAGGGAGGCGCCCUCACCGACAUCGUCACACACACCAGGAUGAACGAGGAGCAGAUUGCCGCCGUGUGCCUGGCCGUGCUGCAGGCCCUGUCCGUGCUCCACGCCCAGGGGGUCAUCCACCGGGACAUCAAGAGCGACUCCAUCCUGCUGACCCACGACGGCAGGGUGAAGCUGUCAGACUUCGGGUUCUGCGCCCAGGUGAGCAAGGAGGUGCCACGGAGGAAGUCCCUGGUGGGCACGCCCUACUGGAUGGCCCCGGAGCUCAUCUCCCGCCUGCCCUAUGGGCCAGAGGUGGACAUCUGGUCUCUGGGGGUGAUGGUGAUCGAGAUGGUGGAUGGGGAGCCCCCUUACUUCAAUGAGCCACCCCUCAAAGCCAUGAAGAUGAUCCGGGACAACCUGCCGCCCCGACUGAAGAACCUACACAAGGUGUCACCAUCCCUGAAGGGCUUCCUGGACCGCCUGCUGGUGCGUGACCCGGCCCAGCGGGCCACGGCGGCCGAGCUGCUCAAACACCCGUUCCUGGCCAAAGCGGGCCCGCCCGCCAGCAUCGUGCCCCUCAUGCGUCAGAACCGCACCCGAUGAGGCCCGGUGCCACCCCCACCCCUGAACCAAAGAGCCCCCUGGGUCACCCCUGCCCGGCCAGAGGCCAGUAGGGGGGCCGGCCCCCGCUCCUCCCAGCCCGGG